GGUGCAGCGACUCAAGCUGAAUUCUUCCUGUGGGGCACCCUUGCGGUACCAACUUGCCGCUUUUGAACCGGAAGCGGGAAGGCGAGCUUGCAGAACCAGCUGCUAGAUCCGUGCACGCGGGAAAAGGCGAAGCGACCUGGGUUUGCCUUGGCAGCCAGAAUGCAACGCUACAGGUUUGCAUUUGUUCGUAGUUAAGAGCACUGGCUAGGAAAUCACAGCCUCGAGAGUUCGAAUUCUUAUUGCCAGUUGUAUUACCUGUGCUGUCUUUUAGUGAGGUGAGGAUGCACGUUCUGAAAUCCUAAACCAUGAGUCUAGCGCUGAAUGACCUGCUCAUCUGCUGCCGGCAGUUAGAACAUGACAGGGCUACAGAACGAAGGAAAGAAGUGGAUAAAUUUAAGCGCCUGAUUCAGGAUCCUGAAACAGUUCAACAUUUGGAUAGGCAUUCUGACUCCAAACAAGGGAAAUAUCUGAAUUGGGAUGCUGUUUUCAGGUUUUUGCAGAAGUACAUUCAAAAGGAAACAGAAAGUCUUAGAACAGCAAAAUCAAAUGUCUCAGCCUCUACACAAACCUCCAGACAGAAGAAGAUGCAAGAGAUUAGCAGUCUGGUCAGAUUCUUCAUCAAAUGUGCAAAUAAAAGAGCACCCAGGCUAAAAUGUCAGGACCUCUUGAAUUACGUCAUGGAUACAGUGAAAGACUCAUCUAAUGGCGCAACUUACGGAGCUGACUGCAGCAACAUUCUUCUCAAAGACAUCCUGUCUGUGAGGAAAUACUGGUGUGAAGUGUCUCAGCAGCAGUGGCUAGAAUUGUUUUCCCUGUACAUCAGGCUGUAUCUCAAACCAUCACAGGACAUUAAUAGAGUUUUAGUGGCUAGAAUAAUUCAUGCUGUCACCAGAGGAUGCUGCUCACAGACUGAUGGAUUACCUUCAAAGUUCUUAGAUCUUUUUUCCAAGGCUAUUCAGUAUGCCAGACAGGAAAAGAGCUCUCCUGGCUUAAGUCACAUCUUAGCAGCCCUUAACAUUUUCCUCAAGACUUUGGCUGUCAACUUCCGAAAGCGGGUGUGUGAAAUAGGAGAUGAAAUUCUUCCUACCUUACUGUAUAUUUGGACUCAACAUCGACUUAAUGACUCCUUAAAAGAAGUAAUUAUUGAACUAAUUCACCUGCAGAUUUACAUCCAUCAUCCACAGGGAGCCAAAGCGCCUGAGGAAGGUGCUUAUGAAUCCAUGAAAUGGAAAAGGAUCUUGUACAACUUAUACGACCUGCUGGUGAAUGAGAUAAGUCACAUAGGAAGCAGAGGGAAAUACUCCUCAGGAUCUCGUAAUAUUGCUGUCAAGGAAAAUUUGAUUGACUUGAUGGCAGAUGUCUGUUACCAGCUUUUUAAUGCAGAUACCAGAUCCGUGGAGAUUUCUCAGUCUUAUGCGACACAAAGGGAAUCCACUGACUACAGUGUACCUUGCAAAAGAAGGAAAAUAGACAUAGGCUGGGAAGUGAUAAAAGAUUAUCUUCAGAAGUCACAGAAUGAUUUUGAUCUUGUGCCAUGGCUACAGAUUACAACCCGAUUAAUAUCAAAAUAUCCUUCCAGUUUGCCUAACUGUGAGCUGUCUCCAUUAAUACUGAUCCUGUACCAGCUUCUGCCUCAACAGCGGCGUGGAGAACGCAUCCCACAUGUGUUACGAUGCCUUACCGAAGUUGCCUUAUGUCAAGGCAAGAAAUCAAACCUAGAAAGCUCUCAAAAGUCAGAUUUAUUGAAACUAUGGAUUAAAAUUUGGUCUAUUACCUUUCGUGGUAUAAGUUCUGAACAAACACAAACUGAAAACUUUGGUUUACUUGGGGCCAUUAUUCAAGGUAGUUUAGUUGAACUUGACAGAGAAUUCUGGAAGUUAUUUACUGGCUCAGCCUGUAAACCUUCAAGUCCUUCAGUUCGCUGCUUGACUUUGGCGCUUAGCAUGUGUGUAGUUCCAGAUGCAAUAAAAAUGGGAACAGAACAAAGUGUGUGUGACGCAAAUAGAAGUUUUUCUGUGAAGGAGUCGAUAAUGAGGUGGCUCUUAUUCUACCAGUUAGAGGGCGACUUGGAAGACAGCGCAGAGCCGCCUCCCAUUCUCCAGAGUAAUUUCCCUCAUCUCAUACUGGAAAAAAUUCUUGUAAGUCUCACUAUGAAAAACUCAAAAGCUGCAAUGAAGUUUUUUCAAAGUGCCCCAGAAUGUGAGCAGCACUGUGAAGAUACAGAAGAGCCUUCGUUCUCAGAAGCGGAAGAACUGUUUCUCCAGACAACUUUUGACAAGAUGGAUUUUUUAACUCCUGUCAAAGAAGAUACUGUAGAAAAAUUUCAAUCUCGUGUUGGCUUCUCUGUCCACCAAAAUCUCAAGGAAUCACUGGAUCAUUAUCUUCUGGGAUUAUCAGAACAGCUUUUAAGUAAUUACUCUUCUGAGAUUACAAGUUCAGAAACCCUUGUCCGGUGUUCGAGUCUUCUGGUGGGUGUUCUUGGCUGCUAUUGUUACAUGGGUGUAAUAACUGAAGACGAAGCAUAUAAAUCAGAAUUAUUCCAGAAAGCCAAGUCUCUGAUGCAGUGUGCAGGGGAAAGUAUCUCUUUGUUUAAAAAUAAGACAAAUGAGGAGUCCAGAGUUGGUUCACUGAGAAGUGUGAUACAUCUGUGUACAAGUUGCUUGUGUAGACAUACCAAGCACACUCUAAACAAGAUAGCCUCUGGCUUUUUCCUGCGAUUAUUAACGUCCAAGCUCAUGAAUGACAUUGCAGAUAUUUGUAAAAGCUUGGCAUCCUGUACGAAAAAGCCAUUUGACUAUGGAGAGGAGCAUUCGUUGAGAGAUGAUGAUGAUGAUGGUGAUGGUGGUGAUGGUGGUGAAAGUCUGAUGGAGACACAGGGUUCAUCAUCCACAGAUCUAUUUAGCGAUUACUCUGCUAGUACUGUGAGCGAUGCAAACGAUUAUGGAGAGAACCAGAAUGCUGUUGGUGCCGCGAAUCCUCUAACUGCUGACUGGCUGUCCAGACAAGAUCAUCUUCUUUUAGACAUGCUCAGGUUCUUGUGCCUCUCUGUAACUGCAUGUCAGAGCCGGACUGCGUCUUUCAGAGGAGCUGAUAUUAGAAGAAAGUUGUUAAUGUUACUCGAUCCUAGCACACUCGAUCUCACUAAAUCCCUACACCUACACAUGUACUUGGUGCUUUUGAAGGAUCUCCCUGGAAAAGAGCAUUUGUUGCCAAUGGAAGAUGUUGUUGAACUUCUGCAGCCAUUAUCCCUUGUAUGUUCUCUGUAUCGGCGUGACCAAGAUGUCUGCAAGACGAUUUUAAGCAAUGUCCUCCAUAUAGUGACAAACCUAGGUCAGGGCAGCGUGGACACAGAGAGCACAAGGAAUGCUCAAGGACAGUUCCUGACAGUGAUGGGAGCAUUUUGGCAUUUAACAAAGGAAAAGAAAUGUAUAUUCUCUGUCAGAAUGGCGUUAGUAAAGUGUCUUCAAACACUGCUUGAGGCUGAUCCAUAUUCCAAGUGGGCGAUUCUUAAUGUAAAGGGACAGGACUUUCCUGUACGUGAAGCAUUUCCACAGUUUCUUGCUGACGGUCACCAUCACGUUCGGAUGUUGGCUGCGGGGUCGAUCAGCAGAUUAUUCCAGGAUAUGAGACAAGGUGAUUCCUCCAGAAGCUUGAAAGCACUUCCUCUGAAGUUUCAGCAGACAUCUUUCAACAGUGCAUACAUGAUAGCAGAGGCAGGAAUCAGAGAACUGUUAUGUGAUUCUCAGAACCCUGAUCUUCUGGAUGAGAUUUAUAAUAGAAAAUCCGUAUUGCUGACGGUGAUAGCUGUGGUCUUGCACUGUAGCCCAAUCUGUGAAAAGCAGGCUUUGUUUGCCUUAUGCAAAUCUGUGAAGGAAAAUGGACUAGAACCCCAUCUUGUGAAAAAGGUUUUGGAGAAAGUCUCCGAGUCGUUUGGAUGUAGGUGCUUAGAGGACUUCAUGGCUUCUCAUCUAGAUUACUUGGUUUUGGAAUGGCUGAACCUUCAAGAUGCUAAAUACAGCUUAUCUUCCUUUCCUUUUACGUUAUUAAACUACAUGAGCGUGGAGGAUUUCUAUAGAUCUUGUUACAAGAUUCUGAUUCCACACUUGGUAAUUAGAAAGCACUUUGAUGAGGUGAAGUCCAUUGCUAAUCAGAUUCAGAGGUGCUGGAAAAGCCUGCUGAUCGACUGCUUUCCAAAGAUGCUUGUGCACAUCCUUCCGUACUUUGCCUGUGAGGGCACGGGGGACAGCAGCUCGGCACAGAAGAGGGAGACUGCUACCGAGGUCUACGAUACUCUUAAAGGUGAAGACUUCCUAGGAAAACAGAUUGAUCAAGUAUUCAUUAGUAAUUUGCCAGAGAUCGUGGUGGAGCUGCUUAUGACGUUGCAUGAAACGGCUGACUCGGAUUCCGGUCAAAGCCCCGACCUCUGCGAUUUUUCAGGGGAUUUGGAUCCCGCUCCCAAUCCACCAUAUUUCCCGUCACAUGUCAUUAAGGCAACAUUUGCCUACAUCAGCAGCUGUCAUAAAACCAAGUUUAAAAGCAUUCUAGAAAUCCUUUCUAAAAUCCCUGAUUCCUAUCAGAAAAUACUCCUGGCCAUUUGUGAACAAGCAGCUGAGACAAAUAAUGUCUUUAAAAAGCACAGAAUUCUUAAAAUAUACCACCUGUUUGUUAGUUUAUUACUGAAAGACAUACAGAGUGGCUUGGGAGGAGCUUGGGCCUUUGUUCUCCGAGAUGUUAUUUAUACUUUGAUUCACUAUAUCAACAAAAGCUGUUACCAAGCAGAUUCUUCAUCAGUGAUUUUCGUGCUACCUGUGUCUAAUGAAGCCUGGCGCUCUUUGCCUGCUCUCAGAGAGUACCCUACCGGGGUUACGUCUUCCCAUUUCACUGACGUGUCAUUACGUAGCUUCUCCCUGUGCUGUGACCUAUUAAGUCGAGUUUGCCGUACAGCGGUAACUCACUGUAAGGACGCCCUAGAAAACCAUCUUCAUGUUAUUGUGGGCACACUUAUACCCCUUGUGGAUUAUCAGGAGGUUCAAGAACAGGUAUUGGACCUGUUGAAGUACUUGGUGAUAGAUAACAAAGACAAUAAAAACCUCUUUGUCACAAUUAAGCUUCUGGAUCCGUUUCCUGACCAUGUUGUUUUUAAGGAUUUGCGUCUUACUCAACAGAAGAUAAAAUAUAGUGGAGGACCCUUUACACUCUUAGAGGAAAUAAACCAUUUUCUCUCAGUAAGUGCUUAUAAUCCACUUCCACUGACCAGACUCGAAGGACUGAAGGAUCUUCGGAGACAACUGGAACAGCAUAAAGAUCAGAUGCUAGAUCUUGUGAGAGCAUCUCAGGAUAACCCACAAGAUGGCAUUGUGGUGAAGCUGGUUGUCAGCUUGUUGCAGCUAUCCAAGAUGGCAGUGAACCAGACUGGUGAAAGAGAAGUUUUAGAGGCUGUCGGCAGGUGUUUGGGAGAAAUCGGUCCUCUGGAUUUCUCUACUAUAGCUGUACAGCAUAGCAAAGAUACGCCGUACACCAAAGCCUACGGGUUACCUGAAGACAGAGAACUUCAGUGGACCUUGAUAAUGCUGACUGCCCUGAACAACACCCUGGUGGAGGACAGUGUCAAAAUUCGAUCAGCUGCUGCUACCUGUUUGAAAAACAUUUUGGCUACCAAGACCGGACAUAUUUUCUGGGAGAAUCAUAAGACAUCAGCGGAUCCAAUGCUGACCUAUCUGCAGCCUUUCAGAGCGUCGAGGAAAAAGUUUUUAGAAUUACCCCAGUUUGUUAAAGAAGAUGCUUUAGAAGGCCUGGAUGAUGUAAAUCUGUGGGUUCCUCAAAGUGAAAGCCAUGACAUUUGGAUAAAGACUCUGACUUGUGCCUUUUUGGACAGUGGAGGCAUAAAAAGCGAAAUUCUUCAGUUACUAAAGCCAAUGUGUGAAGUGAAAACUGACUUUUGUCAGAUGGUGCUGCCAUACUUGAUCCAUGAUGUUUUACUCCAAGAUACACAUGAGUCGUGGAGAACUCUGCUAUCUACACACGUCCGAGGAUUUUUCACUAACUGUUUUAAACAUUCCUCCCAAGCAAGCCGCUCAGCGACUCCCGCAAAUUCGGAUUCAGAGUCAGAGAACUUUCUCCGAUGCUGUUUGGAUAAAAAAUCACAAAGAACCAUGCUCGCUGUUGUCGACUACCUGAGAAGGCAAAAGAGGCCUUCCUCAGGAACAGCUUUCGAGGAUGCCUUCUGGCUAGAUUUGAAUUAUCUUGAGGUUGCAAAGGUGGCUCAAUCCUGUGCAGCUCACUUCACAGCACUGCUCUAUGCAGAGAUCUAUUCAGAUAAGAAAAACAUGGAUGAGCAAGAGAAAAGAAGUCCAACAUUUGAAGAAGGAAGUCAAGGUACAACUAUUUCUAGUUUGAGUGAAAAAAGUAAAGAAGAAACUGGAAUAAGCUUACAGGAUCUUCUCUUGGAGAUCUACAGAAGUAUAGGAGAGCCAGACAGCCUGUAUGGCUGCGGGGGAGGGAAAGUGUUACAACCCCUUACCCGAAUAAGGACGUACGAGCAUGAAGCAACGUGGGAGAAAGCCUUAGUGACAUACGACCUUGAGACCACCAUCUCCUCCUCCACCCGCCAGUCGGGAAUCAUCCAGGCCUUGCAGAACUUGGGGCUCUCCCAUAUUCUUUCUAUCUACUUGAAAGGAUUGGACCAUGAAAGGAGAGAGUGGUGUGGGGAACUGCAGGAGCUUCAUUACCAGGCGGCGUGGAGGAACAUGCAGUGGGACCUCUGCACUUCUGCCAACCAAGAACUAGAAGGAACCAGUUACCACGAAUCGUUGUAUAAUGCUCUGCAGUGCCUAAGAAACAGAGAAUUCUCCACAUUUUAUGACAGUCUCCGACAUGCCAGGGUGAAGGAAGUUGAAGAGUUGAGCAAAGGCAGCCUUGAAUCGGUAUAUUCGCUGUACCCCACACUUAGCAGAUUGCAGGCAGUCGGAGAACUGGAAAACAGUGGAGAGCUCUUCUCAAGGUCAGUCACAGACAGAGAGCGCUCUGAGGUAUACCUGAAGUGGCAGAAGCACUCCCAGCUUCUGAAGGACAGUGACUUCAGCUUUCAGGAGCCUCUCAUGGCUCUCCGCACAGUCAUUCUGGAGAUCCUGGUACAAAAGGAAAUGGAGAACUCUCAAGGAGGAUGCUCUAAGGACAUUCUCACCAAACACCUUGUUGAAUUCUCUGUUCUGGCCCGAACCUUCAAGAAUACACAGCUCCCUGAAAGAGCAAUAUUUAAAAUUAAGCAAUAUAAUCCAGCUAUUUGCGGAAUCUCUGAAUGGCAUUUGGAAGAAGCACAAGUAUUUUGGGCAAAGAAGGAGCAGAGUCUUGCCCUGAGUAUCCUCAAGCAAAUGAUCAAGAAGUUGGACUCCAGCUUUAGAGAGAAUGAAGCAGGUCUAAAAGGCCUACACGCAGAGUGUCUGAGGGUUUGUGGCAACUGGCUGGCAGAGACUUGCCUAGAAAAUCCUGCAGUCAUCAUGCAGACCUAUCUAGAAAAGGCAGUGAAGGUUGCUGGCAGUUAUGAUGGCGACAGCCGAGAGCUCAGAAAUGGACAGAUGAAGGCCUUCCUCUCAUUAGCGCGGUUCUCUGAUACGCAGUACCAGAGGAUUGAGAACUACAUGAAGUCGUCCGAAUUCGAAAACAAGCAAGCUCUCUUAAAAAGAGCCAAGGAAGAAGUGGGUCUUAUAAGGGAGCAUAAAAUUCAGACGAACAGAUACACAAUAAAGGUUCAGAGAGAACUGGAGCUAGAUGAAUGUGCUCUCCGUGCACUGAAAGAGGACCGUAAACGCUUCCUGUGUAAAGCAGUUGAGAACUACAUCAGCUGCUUACUAAGCGGAGAAGAACAUGAUCUGUGGGUGUUCCGACUCUGCUCCCUCUGGCUGGAAAAUUCUGGAGUCUCUGAAGUCAAUGGCAUGAUGAAGAGAGAUGGAAUGAAGAUUUCCUCCUAUAAGUUUUUGCCUCUCAUGUACCAAUUGGCUGCUAGAAUGGGGACCAAAAUGACAGGAGGCCUAGGAUUUCAUGAAGUCCUCAAUAAUCUCAUCUCUAGGAUUUCAAUGGAUCACCCCCAUCACACCUUGUUCAUCAUCCUGGCCUUAGCAAAUGCAAACAAAGAUGAGUUUUUGAGCAAACCAGAGACAGCAAGAAGGGGCAGAAUAACCAAGAAUGCACCCAAAGAAAGCUCUCAGCUUGAUGAGGAUCGAGCAGAGGCUGCAAGCAGAAUAAUCCAUACAAUCAGAAGUGCGAGGCGUACAAUGGUGAAGGACAUGGAGGCGCUCUGCGAUGCCUACAUCAUCCUGGCGAACCUGGAUGCCUCUCAGUGGAGGAACCAGAGAAAAGGCAUCAGCAUUCCAGCCAACCAGCCAAUCACUAAACUGAAGAAUUUAGAAGACGUUGUUGUUCCCACUAUGGAAAUUAAGGUUGACCCCACAGGAGAGUAUGAAAAGCUGGUGACUAUAAAGUCAUUUAAAACAGAAUUUCGCUUAGCCGGAGGCUUAAAUUUACCAAAAAUAAUAGACUGUGUGGGUUCUGAUGGCAAGGAAAGGAGACAGCUUGUGAAGGGCCGCGAUGACCUGAGGCAAGAUGCUGUCAUGCAGCAGGUUUUCCAGAUGUGCAAUAUGCUACUGCAGAGGAACACCGAGACUAGAAAGAGGAAACUGACCAUCUGCACAUACAAGGUGGUUCCCCUCUCCCAGCGAAGCGGUGUUCUUGAGUGGUGCACAGGAACCAUCCCUAUUGGUGAAUAUCUUGUUAACAACGAAGAAGGUGCUCAUAAAAGAUACAGGCCAAAUGAUCUCAGCGCCAAUCAGUGCCAAAAGAAAAUGAUGGAAGUGCAGAAGAAGUCUUUUGAAGAGAAGUAUGAGACCUUCAUGACUAUUUGCCAAAACUUUGAGCCAGUUUUCCGUUACUUCUGCAUGGAAAAAUUCUUGGAUCCAGCUGUUUGGUUUGAGAAACGGUUGGCGUAUACGCGUAGUGUGGCCACGUCGUCUAUCGUUGGUUACAUCCUUGGACUUGGUGAUAGGCAUGUCCAGAAUAUCCUGAUAAACGAGCAGUCAGCAGAACUUGUGCACAUAGAUUUGGGAGUGGCUUUUGAACAGGGGAAGAUCCUUCCCACUCCAGAGACAGUUCCUUUUAGACUCAGCAGAGAUAUCGUGGACGGGAUGGGUAUCACUGGUGUGGAAGGUGUCUUCAGAAGGUGCUGUGAAAAAACAAUGGAAGUUAUGCGUAGUUCCCAGGAAGCUCUGCUCACCAUUGUAGAGGUUCUUUUGUACGACCCGCUCUUUGAUUGGACUAUGAACCCUUUAAAAGCUUUGUACUUACAGCAGAGGCCAGAAGACGAGACUGACCUCCAGUCCACCCCCAGUGCAGACGAUCAGGAGUGCAAACGAAGUCUUAGUGAUACUGACCAGAGUUUCAACAAAGUAGCUGAGCGCGUCCUGAUGAGAUUGCAAGAGAAGCUGAAAGGCGUGGAGGAGGGCACCGUGCUCAGUGUGGGCGGACAGGUGAACCUGCUUAUCCAGCAGGCCAUGGACCCCAAAAACCUCAGCCGACUCUUCCCAGGGUGGAAAGCGUGGGUGUGACCUUCAGUAGAGGAGUUGCUGGACUUCAGAAAGGACCUGCCACCCACCAUAUUUGGAUAGGAAUUACUGAAGUGAACAACUGCUUUUAAACCAAUUGUCUACUUGAUUGAUCACCACCCAAAUAUUAGUAUUCAUUCCUGCUGUCUUCUGUUAGAGGCGAUGGUUACUCAAGAUCCCUGUGCUGACUCUUAGAUCAUGCUUGUGUUACCACAGUGGUCACCCACACGCACACCGAACUGCAAACAGUGGGAGUGGCAGAGUGAGCUUAACUUUGGUGUACUUUAAGACAAGAUCGUAACAAUCUUAGUUAAAGCAUGUUUUCCAGACAGUGUGUGUGUGUCACACGCAUUAAGUAAUGAAGUACUUAAUACUGUCAAUAUAUCAUGGGAAACCCACAUUAGAAUGAAUGUUGGGCUAGAGCGUGUGCCUAACCUGUAUGGGGCCCCAUAUUCAGACCAGAAUUGCAGAUUCAAGAGAAAAAAAAUAAUAGAGCAUGUUGAAAGCUGGUGGUACAGGUUAAAGAUCCUCUGUUCCAAAGUCCAAAAGAUGAGACGUUUGGUGUUUAAAACUUUCUGACAUAUUAGGCUCAUCUUAGACUUGCAGAUUAGCCUGUAGCUAAUCUUAACUUGCUGUUUGCACACAUGCUUCACAACAUGAAAAUGUCUAAAGCUGAACGCAGUUCUGGUCCUUGGCAUUUUUAGGAAGGGACACUAAAGCGAUGUUCUGAUUUCAAGCCAGGUGUGGUAACCCUUUAAUCCCUGUGCUCCAGAGAAUCUUGAGUAGCCCGGGGUAAGAGGGAGUCUUCAGAUAGUUUGCUUUGUCUCAUCCUCAGAGGUUUUACUGACAUUUUUUGGCUCCAGGGCUUUAGAUCUCAGGAGUCGUGUAGAUUUCUAAGAGCAGAAGAGUCUUUCAGGCCACAGUAGACCUGUUCUCUGUCAUCUGUACGCUGGUGGGCAUAGUAUUUUAUUGAUGCCCCUUAAAUGUCACCUGUGUCAUGGUGGCAGUGUGAAGGGAGAUGCAUUUACUGCCGCUCCUUUCUGUUUGCAAACCUAAAUAUAUGUAUAAAUAAUUUGUAUUGUUGAUAUAUACAUACACACAUACACUGGUAAGCUGCUAUGAAAUUAUCCUGCAUUUCAACUUUCUUUUGUAUUUUGUAAGUACUGCCUGACAAAAUGGAUGUUUGGUAUCUACUUGACUGCAGAAAAUCAAGUGAAUGUAAUGAACUUAGAAUGCCUUUAAGCGAGUGUUGCUAUCUUCAUGGACAGAGGAAGAUAAUUAGCUAAUGAUGGGUAGCUAAAUGAAUUUCUAAUUUGGUUUUGUAGUUAAUCCACUGAAGAGGUUGGGAUAAUAUAAUUGGUCCAUUCUUUACCCUUGAAUAAUAUUCCAUAAACAGAAGCUAUUCAGCUUUCUAUUAAAUUUUUCAGAUAAACCUAGAAGCAGCUCAUUGAAAGGUGAAAGAGAUUAAGUUAGAAAAUAUUUUGACAGUCUUGAGUGAGAUGGCCAGUUACCAGGAGCCAAUGAGUGGUAGACUUAUAGGUUAUUAAAAGUCAGGUAUUUUCUUUAUGCUGAGUGCCUGCCAUGUCUGUCAGCAACACCUCGGAUUCUUACAGCCUUUGUGAUAUUCACGAUGGUCUCACAGUUUAUCUGGAGAAAGGUUACCUGCCUAAUGACAGAAGGCAUUGUACAUGUUUCUCACCAGUCAGGAAGAAGUAGUAGAAAAGCUGCUAGAAGCGAGACAGCGUGUCUGUCCACAGUGAAGGAGGCAGCGCCCCUCUUCCGGCCCUGUGCUCCUGUACCCCUGAAAUGGUGCCCAGUCAGGUCCUAAAGCUCAGGUCACCAUAAUGUUCAACCCAUCACAAAUUUAAAUAUGGUAAAAGGAAGAACUUUGAGCACCUUAAAGUUUAUAGCUGUCUUUUAAAGUAGGUCAGUAUGAAAUAGAGCCUAUGCCAUUUCUAAUUUCUAAUGUUACAGCUGUACCUUAGUAAUGUAUUUUAUGUAGAUUUGUUUAGUGCUAGUAAAAUAAAGAACUGUACAAGUAUUUGCUGACUAUACAGUCGUGUGUCCGUUGUAUGAACUACUUGAGUGUUGUGUGUGCCAGGCGUGGGGCUAGGUCCUAGGGAGACAGCAGUGAGCUCAGAGUCCAGGCAGGAGGGGCGGCUGAUGCUGCAGUGUCAAUCAGCAGCCGGUCCAGGACAUUGCUUUCCAGUGUGCUGUCUGGUGGUUUUCUUAAUUACAUUGUAACAGGAAGACCAAUGAACAGUGUUCUUUACUUUCACUUAUAAAGUGAUCCAGUUGACUUUUCUCAAAUCUAAAAAACUGAAGAUCCUAAUAUCUAAUCCCUAACCCUGAUCCUAAUAUCUUAAAUGAGGUGUUUCAUUUUAUCAUGUUUUAAGAUAAAUUCCUUCCCUUUGAGGGUUUCAUGUUCCUCUGCAGCUCCUGGCAAAAUGAAUUUUGUAUACACUGUAGUCAAAGAAUUGGGUUCAGAAUUGGUAAAGAUAUCAUAUAAUGAUAAUUAUUCCUGGGAAUAAAAGCCCAUACUUUGCUCUAACAGGACGUGUGGUUUUAUGUAUGGGGGAGUAACAGUGUAUAGUUAGUACUGCAUUGUUCAAAAGCAGAAGCUCUAAACCAGGUGGUUUUUGCCUUGUUUAUAUUUUCAAACUGAAAAAAUAAAUCUUUGUUAGGCACAAAA